CAAGGGGCCUCCAGUGCCGCCUCCGGCAGACGGGCGCCCUGCUGCCAUGCGCCCGGGCGGCCCAUGCGGCAGCCGCAGCGGGCGCCACUCGAGCCUUGCGCCGCGGCAGGGCUCCUCGCUGGCGCCUUCGGUGCGCUGCCCUCGAUCGGCGAGGACGACGUCGAGGUCCCCGCGGCUGACGGCCAGCUCGGCCCGACCGCCGAGGCACGCCAGCUGGGCCUGUCCAUGGACGACGCAUCGGCUGGAGCAUCUGGUUCCCCUCGUGACUCAGGAGCUGCAGCGGCAGGAGUGCCAGCGCCCUCUGGCGCGCUCUUCAGGUGCGCCAUUUGCAGCACUCUCGUCUACGAGUCACAGCUGGAGUACCACGUCGGGGUCUGCCCGGACCCGGCGGACCCGCAGCACGGCGCGGCGCCGCCGGAGCCCCUCGGCGCGCCGGCAGACGGGUUCGGCGGCGUCCAGGAGAGCGAACGCUUGAGAGCAGCGCCCGAAAUCUCCACGGUCGCCGCAGAGCAGGCGGCGGGCCCCCUCCCGGAUGCCCGCGUGGGGGCCGCCCGGGAGCCCGUGGCCGUGGCGGCCGCCGCAGUCGCCACGGCCGCGGCGGCCGCGGGCGAGCUGAUGCGGCGGGGCGCCUCGCCCGACGCCAGGCCCGCGAGGCCCAGGUGUGCUGACGGGUUGGCGGCGCGCCAGCUUGGGCCUGCGGCGGCACACACCCCUCGCGGUGCCCCAGCUGCCACGGCGCCGCAGGUGCGCCGUUCGGCCAGUGCCGAGGCCGCCGCGCGUCCGCGCUCGGCGCGCAGCGCCGCGGUGGUGAGCACGGCGCUGGAGCGCGACGCCGAGCCCUCGCGAUCGGCGCACGCGGGGGGCCAGCAGCCAGGCCCGAGGCGCGCGUGGCGGAGCUGGGAG